AUGUCUUCAGAUACUCUGAAAUACGAUGAAAAGACGGAAGCUGAGCAGCCGUUAUUUGACUGCGAUUUUGGCAUGUCGUAUGAACCGAGGGUGUCGUACCAUUUCAAUCCUAAGGUUUCGCAGUACCAUUAUGGGGUGAAGCACCCAAUGAAGCCGUUCAGGCUUAUGUUGACGGACCAUUUGGUAUCGUCUUAUGGGUUACAUAAAGUGAUGGAUUUAUAUGAGACAAGGUCUGCAAGUAAGGAGGAACUUAUGAGUUUCCACUCAGAGGACUAUGUUAAUUUUCUAGCGAAAGUAACACCGGAUAAUUUGAACAAGCUUCCCCGUGGGUCAUUGGAAAAAUUCAACAUUGGUGAUGAUUGUCCAAUAUUUCAAGGAAUUUUUGAUUACGCUUCUAUGUAUGCUGGUGCAUCGUUAGAUGCAUCGAGAAAAUUGAUUAACGGUCAGAGCGAUAUAGCAAUCAACUGGUCCGGUGGGUUACAUCAUGCGAAGAAGAACAAUCCGUCUGGUUUUUGCUAUGUUAACGAUAUUGUUUUGGCGAUUGUGAACUUGCUUCGAUAUCAUCCUAGGGUGUUGUACAUUGAUAUUGACUUGCAUCAUGGUGACGGGGUCCAAGAGGCUUUCUACACAACAGAUCGUGUUUUCACGGUCUCGUUUCAUAAAUAUAAUGGUGAAUUUUUUCCAGGUACCGGUGAUUUGGACGAAAUUGGCUGUUCUCGCGGUAAGCAUUUUGCAUUAAACGUGCCAUUGCAAGAUGGUAUCGAAGACGACUCAUAUAUUAAUCUAUUCAAAAGCAUAAUAGACCCUAUAAUAACGUCCUUUAAACCCACCGUUAUCAUACAGCAAUGUGGUGCUGACUCGCUAGGGCAUGACAGGCUCGGUUGCUUCAAUCUAAAUAUAAAGGCGCAUGGUGAAUGUGUUAGAUUUGUUAAAUCGUUCGGAAUACCAAUGCUUGUCGUAGGAGGUGGGGGUUAUACACCAAGAAAUGUAUCGAGACUAUGGACAUAUGAAACUGGGCUACUAAACGGAGUGCUAUUGAAACCCAAUAUUCCGGAAGAAAUACCUUUUAGAGAUUGGUUCGGUCCUGACUAUUCCUUGCAUCCAACUUUAGAUGAUUUGUAUGAAAACAAGAACUCCAAGAAAUUUUUGGAAAACAUAAGAAUCAGAUGCCUAGAAAAUAUCAAAUAUCUACAAGGUGCUCCUAGUGUAAGAAUGGAUGCAGAGUUGAUACCGACUCAAGAUAUAACGGGACUAACAGAGGAGGAAGAAGAGCUAAUAAAGGAACUCAAUGAAGAAAAUGACAUGGCAAGGCUAGAACAAAUAGAGAAAGAUAAUUACAAAGUGGGUGAGUUGUAUUAA